GAGUUGCAGUGGUUUUUUGAGGCAGACCCAACACACGUGGGAGAAAGCAGAGAGAGACUAAAGAAGUCUUUCCACCCACCUAAUAGGGGGAGACGAGCUGGCAGGCCGGCACUCAUAAACAGGGCUGCCUGACAGACCGGGGCUCAGACAGCAGCAAGGUGCAGGCGAGGAGGAGAGCACAGAGAGUGUACUCACAGAACAAGGGAGAGACCGACUCACAGACAGACACUCCGAAACGAGCGUGCUGCACCACACCGUACGGCUUGAAGAGCGGGGAUUUACUGUGGAAAGAGGAGCAAGGAGGACAGGAGCGUGGAUGGAUGCCUUCUGCAGUCACAGCGGCCUGGACCCCCUCUGGGACUGGAACCGAACAUGGUACACUCCCAACCCAGACCUGACCCAGUGCUUCCAGAACACAGUAUUGGUGUGGGUUCCCUGCAUCUUCCUCUGGGUGUGCGCACCCUUCUACUGCCUAUAUCUCUACUGCCAUGACCGAGGGCACAUACGUGUCUCCUGCCUUUGCAGUGCCAAGAUGGUCUUCGGAUUCCUCUUGGCCUCUUUUGGUUUCGUUGAGUUUUUCUACAUCCUACUAGAGAGGAACCAGGAGAUCCAGCAGCACAUGGUGUUCCUGCUCAGUCCCAUCAUCCGCAGCCUGACUGUGGUCCUGGCGAUUUGCAUCAUUCAAUUGGAGAGGAUGAGAGGCUGUCGCUCUUCCAUCUUCCUGUUCCUAUUCUGGCUGCUGGCAGUGCUGUGUUCUCUGGUGCCUCUGAGAGCCAAGAUCCAGUUGGCCGUGGAGGAGGGCUUCGCAGCAGAUGCUGUGCGGUAUUUGGCUUUCUUCUCGUAUUUCUCCCUGCAAAUGGCUCAGCUGUUCCUCUCCUGUUUUGCUGACCACCCCCCAAGUUCUGGGAAACCCAUCAUUGUCAAGAACCCGUGCCCAGUGCAGGACGCCUCCUUCUUGUCAAAGAUUCUCUUCUGGUGGUUCAGCGGCAUUGUGAUUAAGGGAUACCGCAGUCCUCUCCAGGCUGAGGAUCUGUGGUCACUGCGGGAGGAGGACACGUCAGACAAGAUCAUCUCAGACCUGGAACAGGAGUGGACUGCAGAAUGCACCAAGCUCCAACAACAGGAGAAGUCCAUGAGUGCGGGCGGGGCCCUGGGCGCCAGACUGACAGACCAGGCCCAGCUCCUGCGGAAGCUGCAGAAGGAGCAGAGCUCUGGCUUCUGCCUGCUCAGGACUCUGGCCCGAAACUUUGGGCCCUACUUCCUCACCGGGACACUGUGCCUUAUGAUCCACGAUGCCUUCAUGUUCUCCAUCCCACAGAUGCUCAGUCUGUUGCUGGGAUUCAUGAGGGAUGAGGACGCCCCCUUGUGGAAGGGCUACUUCUAUGCAUCCUUGAUGUUUCUGCUCUCCUGUCUCCAGUCCGUCUUCAACCACCAGUACAUGUACAGCUGCUUCACCGUGGGGAUGAGGGUAAAAACAGCCGUGAUGGGCCUGGUGUACAGGAAGUCUCUCGUCAUCACCAGCGCUGCGCGCAGGACCUGCACUGUAGGGGAAAUAGUGAACCUGGUGUCAGCCGACACACAGAAGCUCAUGGACUUUGUGGUGUACUUCAACGCUGUGUGGCUGGCUCCCAUCGAGAUCGCGCUUUGUCUUUUUUUCCUCUGGCAGCACUUAGGCCCCUCUGCCCUGGCAGGAAUCACUACAGUCAUCCUCAUCUUUCCUCUCAAUGGAUUUAUCGCCAAGAAAAGAAGCAAACUCCAGGAAGUUCAAAUGAAGUACAUGGACGGACGCAUCAAGCUGAUGAACGAGAUUCUGAACGGAAUCAAAAUCCUCAAGUUCUAUGCCUGGGAAAAGGCUUUUCUGGAGCAAGUCCUGGGCUACAGGCAGCGAGAACUGAAGGCUCUGAAGAAAUCUCAGAUCCUCUAUUCCAUUUCCAUCGCUUCAUUCAACUCCUCAUCUUUCCUGAUUGCCUUUGCGAUGUUUGGAGUGUACGUGCUGAUUGAUGACAAGAACGUCCUGGAUGCACAGAAGGUCUUUGUGUCCAUGGCUCUGAUCAACAUACUGAAGACUCCCCUCAGCCAGCUGCCCUUCGCCAUGAGCACUACCAUGCAGGCCAUGGUGUCACUGAAACGUCUUGGAAAAUUUCUCUGUCAAGAGGAACUAAAGGCUGAGAGCGUAAACAAAGCACCUUUCAGCCCAGAUGGAGAUGCAGUGGUGGUAGAUAAUGGUACUUUCAGCUGGUCUAAAGAGGGACCUCCAUGUCUCAAGAGGAUCAGCAUGCGUGUGUCACGGGGCUCUCUGGUUGCAGUGGUAGGUCACGUGGGCAGUGGAAAGUCCUCUCUUCUGUCUGCAAUGCUCGGGGAAACGGAGAAGAGAAGCGGUGGUGUCUUAGUCAAGGGUUCAGUUGCCUACGUGCCUCAGCAAGCCUGGAUCCAGAACGCCACUCUGAGAGACAACAUUGUGUUUGGGCGUGAGAGGAAGGAGAGCUGGUACCAGCGGGUAUUAGAGGCCUGUGCCCUGCUGCCAGACCUGGAGAUCUUGCCUGCUGGGGAUGCCACAGAGAUUGGGGAGAAGGGCCUGAACCUCUCAGGGGGGCAGAAGCAGAGAGUGAGCCUGGCUCGUGCCGUGUACAGAAAGGCUGAUCUGUACCUCCUCGAUGACCCCCUGUCUGCUGUGGACGCUCAUGUGGGUCAGCACAUCUUUGACAAAGUCAUCGGGCCAAGGGGUGUACUGAGAGACAAGACACGCGUCCUGGUGACACAUGGCAUGAGCUUCCUGCCACAGGCGGACCUGAUCCUGGUGCUGAUGGAUGGGGAGAUCACAGAAAUGGGUUCCUACCAGGAGCUGCUGAGUAGGCAUGGUGCCUUUGCGGACUUCAUACACGCCUUUGCCAGCUCUGAACGCAAAGAAAGCUCUGUGCAAAGAGGUACCAGGAAGUCAUCCUCAAGGCUCAGCAUGACAGAUUUUAUGCCUGUGUCAAGGGACCUCUCCCAAGAGCAGCUCAUUGGAGGUGACACGGUCAGCACCAACCUGCAGACCAUGGAGCCCAUAUCUGACACAGAGCAAGAGCAGGUCCCAGAGGAUCUCGGGAAGCUGACGGAAGUGGACAGGGCCCGCACUGGCAGGGUGAAGCUGGAAAUGUAUGUGGAGUACUUCAAGACCAUUGGCCUGCCGCUCAUCCUGCCCAUCCUCUUCCUGUACAUCUUCCAGCAGGCAGCGUCACUGACUUACAACUACUGGCUCAGCCUGUGGGCUGACGAUCCCAUCAUCAAUGGCACACAAAUCAAUACGGACCUGAAGCUGGGCGUUUAUGGGGCGCUAGGCUUUGCACAGGGGGGGGCUAUUUUUGGCACGACGGUGGCGAUCUCAGUUGGGGGCAUCAUUGCGUCCCGUCACCUGCACAUGGAGCUGCUGAACAAUGUGCUGCACUCCCCCAUGUCCUUUUUUGAGUGCACGCCCAGUGGCAACUUGCUCAACCGCUUCUCCAAAGAGGUGGACGCCAUUGACUGCAUGAUUCCUGAAGGGCUGAAGAUGAUGCUGAGCUACCUGUUCAAGCUGUUGGAAGUCUGCAUCAUUGUCCUGCUAGCAACGCCCUUCACAGCAGUGGUCAUCAUUCCCCUCGCACUGCUCUAUGCCUUCAUUCAGAGUUUCUACGUGGCCACAUCCUGCCAGCUGCGCAGGCUGGAGUCCGUGAGCCGCUCGCCCAUCUACACCCACUUCAAUGAAACGGUGCAGGGAGCCAGUGUGAUCCGAGCAUUUGGGGAACAGCCCAGGUUCAUUCUCCAGGCCAACCACAGGGUCGACCACAACCAGACCUCCUACUUCCCAAGAUUUGUGGCCACCAGGUGGUUGGCGGUGAAUCUUGAGUUCCUGGGCAAUGCCGUGGUCCUUGCAGCUGCGAUCCUCUCAGUAAUGGGGAAGGAUACUCUGAGUCCUGGCAUUGUGGGUCUGGCUGUGUCCCAUUCCCUCCAGGUGACAGGAAUUCUGAGCUGGAUUGUGCGAUCAUGGACAGAUGUGGAGAACAACAUUGUAUCGGUGGAGAGGGUGAAGGAGUAUGCUGAGACUCCCAAAGAGGCGGCUUGGACGGUGGAGAGCAAGCCCCUCCCAGAAGCCUGGCCUCAGACAGGCACCAUUGAAUUCCAUGACUAUGGGCUCCAGUACCGCAAGGGCUUGGAAUGGGCUCUGAAGGGCAUCUCUUUGCAAAUCCAGGAGAGAGAAAAGGUUGGAAUUGUGGGCAGAACUGGAGCUGGGAAGUCCUCUUUAGCCCUUGGAAUUUUUAGGAUCUUGGAGGCUGCCAAAGGAGAUAUUUACAUUGAUGGAAUCAACAUUGCUGAGAUAGGACUUCAUGACCUGAGGUCUCGCAUCACCAUUAUCCCACAGGACCCUGUGCUAUUCUCUGGCUCCCUGCGUAUGAACCUCGACCCUUUUGACGCAUACUCCGAUGAGGAGGUGUGGAGCGCGUUGGAGCUCGCCCAUCUGAAGAACUUUGUGUCAGGCCUUCCAGACAAGCUGAACUAUGAGUGCUCAGAGGGAGGAGAAAACCUCAGUCUGGGGCAACGCCAGCUUGUGUGCCUAGCUCGUGCCCUCCUCCGCAAGACCAAAAUCCUGGUUUUGGAUGAGGCCACGGCGGCUGUAGACAUGGAGACAGACAAUCUGAUCCAGUCCACCAUCCGCAGCCAGUUUGAAGACUGCACAGUUCUAACCAUCGCUCAUCGCCUGAACACCAUAAUGGACUAUACCAGAGUUAUUGUAAUGGACAAAGGACACAUCGCAGAGAUGGACUCCCCGUCCAAUCUCAUCACGCAGCGUGGCCAUUUCUACAGAAUGUGCAGGGAGGCUGGACUGGUGUGAGGCCUCCAGCCAAAGGAAUCCAGGGCGGGG